GGGUGUAGUUGGUGCAGUAACAAACACAACACAGUUGUUUUGAAAGUUGUUCUCCUCGAAGCCCAUUCUGAAGCAAGCAGGUGGCAAACCUAGAAUAAGCUAGGUUACUUGGACUAAAUGCAUUGAUCUUUAACUGCAUAUUUCUCUGAAAUAUUCAAAACAUUUCCACAUUCUUUUUGCAAGACCUUUGAGAAAAAGGCUGAAUAAUGAGCUGGCUAUUUUUGCCACAGAGUUGGCUUGAGACAUCUGAGAAAAAGAGAGUUGGAAGUUUAGAUGUGAACACAGAUGAGGAACUACCUGUUUAAUCAUACAUGGAAUUACCCUGAAGAACCUGCCAGAUUCAAGUCCUCAUGUUCAUCAUGAACUUUGUUUAUCUGUUCAUUCUCAUCUUUGGAAUUUUUCCUGAAGCUAACUGUGGUCGUCACUAUCAUAGAAGCUACUCUGACAGCGAUGAGAGACGUAACAUCUACCCAAUCCCAACAUUUCGCUGGUAUCGCCCGAUACGCCCGAUGCAUCCCCGCUUCCCCUUCCCUCUGUGGCCUCUAUAUCCUCGGCUGCUGCCCCGACCGGCCCCAGCCCCGGCCCCAGCCCCGGCCCCAGCCCCGGCCCCGGCCCCAAGCCCAAGCCCAGGACCUGCUACCCCACCCCCUGGUACCACCGCCAAACGAGGAGACAAUGGCUAGACCUUCUCAGUGGUACCUGCACAUGUCUGUGGAUCCUUUCCUUAAACAUCUCUUUUAAAUGUCUUCAGUAGAAUGUCUUAUCCUCUGUUAACAAUGAACCAGGGCAGCAAAGCUCUUUUCAACAUGUCCAUUUAUUUCCACAUUAAAUAGAUCCAUCUGCAUUUUGACUGGCUUUUUAUAUGAUUUGUGCUCUAUUUCUGUUUUGUCAGAACAUAAAUUCCUUUUUUAAUUGGA